ACUCCGACAAUAAAUCAAGAAUAUGGUAAUUCACGACCAAAAAUCCAAAAUGUCAUGCAACAACGGCGAAUCGAACGCCGACCUCCACCUUGGAAGGGUGGAAUCCUAACCAUUGGACCAUUGAAGCUAGGAGAGCGGAGAUGAUGCUCGAUUUGAUGAUGCGGACUCAAAUAUUUGACAAUAUAUAACUUUGCGGUUGAAAGGUGGGGAUCUGUGGAGCUAGAUGGGUUGGUGCAUAUCAAAUUAGUCAUGCCCAUGCUUCAAUAUCAGGAACUUGAGAUCGGAAUAGUAGGACUGCAACUUUAACUACCUGUUGACAAAAAGGUUGUCCUAUGCUCGUGGGAAAAGUUAAGAGCUUUUAGAUACAUUGUGGCAGGACUCUUCUCGCUAGAGUACCUUCUCAACUGGUCAUGAACGCUCACUGGCAGUUUCCUAAAGUUAGAAACUUUCUGCUAGAUUUUUCCAUGAUUUUCUUUCCGAAUAUGAGCAUAGUUUAUCUCGUAACAUGAAUAAUUCAUACUCUACUUUUCGAAAGCAUGCAUGAUACAUUUAUUCUUUACGUAUGAAUAUUGGUUGAUAGGUUGGGACCCCUCAUACAUUUGAAUUAUACCCCGGGGUCUAAUUUAUCAGGUUCUGACAAGCAUUUUUGGUUACUAGUUUCUUUUCCCCUCGAAAGAUUUACACUUGUUUUCCCCGUACUACCUGUACCGUCGGUUCGCCUGCUCAAUAUUCGCAAUGAUGAUCCUUCAAGGUCACCGUUCCAACUCCUUGUCCUCGCAGGAAGAAUACAAAAUUUCUGAGUCUCAACAAGCCAACCAAUUUCCUCCAAGAAACCUCAAAGCAUGGGCACGCGAUGCACCCUACACUUCCCACCGACAAGCUAAUCUCACGCCUUUCAACACAAUGCAUAUGCCUCGUCUGGAUUCACCUGGCAGUCAAGAACGGCGCUCGCACAUACCUAUCUGGGAGCCUCUGUACAUGGAAGAUACUCCAGAUCAAAAAGAACAGGGCGGUAGACGUCAGAGUGGUAUGUCGGUGGAUACCAAUAGCUUGAGAGUGGAUUUGAAGAACCCCUUCUCUGCAGCUGAUGGAGAUGAUGGUAUAGAUCAUGGUUGUUGUGCUUGGAAGUUGUGUUUGACAUUUAUGACUGCCAACUGGAUGUCUCGUGCGAUGUGAGAUAAUGAUUCGAGUAUUAUGGUCUGCUUAAUAAUUUGGUAUUCAGAAGAAAUGGGGAAAAAGGUCACUGCACGUAUCAGAUCAUCCGUUUGGGGCACUGAAUAGAUGGAUUGGUUACUCCCCAGAAUAUGGUUAAUCACAGCAUCAGAGUGGAAAAUUGAUGAUGGUUUCUCAUGUUAGGUGUAUGAUACUAGAGCUGGAGACUCAUUAAGGAAACUGUCGGUACAUCAUGUGAUCAACCUCGAAAGGGAGGCCGUACAUAAAGGGAGCCGUGCGACUAGUGCCUUCUAGGCCGUACCCCUUUCAAUACAAAUAGG